AUGACUAUGAAAAUGAGAAGGUCACGAGGGACCAUUCUCAUAGCCACAGUGCUUCUAAUUCACAUAAUAGCAUUCUCCCUUUUCAAGUUCGGCGACAAUACCCACACCUUGGAUCGUUUCAAAGAAAGCAUUCUAGACUUGAAAAAGGCUCUUCUCGAAAAUUCAUACACGAAAAAGCCUAGUGAUGGCUUCGACCAAAAGGUUGACAGCAUAUUACAAACAAUAAUCAGAAACCAGGAUGAAGAAACUGAGAAGUUGCUUUAUUCUUCUGACCUUAAGAAUAGAAAAGACUUCAACGAAAUCAUAUUGCCAGACUAUCUAAUAGACACCACCAAGAAACAACCCCAAGUCCAACACUUCGACCCAAGAUUCACUGUUGGGUUGAUAACAAACUAUCUUACCCGAAAAAUCAGUCUGGGAGAAAUCAAAGACAAAGAUGAACUUGUUCUUCCAUACUUCCACUGGAGUGAUUUCGUAGAUCUUUCUGAGUUGAACCAAUACUUCCAUUCGAAAGACAAGGCUGACUGUAAAUUCUUUAGUUUUGUUCCGCCUACACGUUCAAAACUUGCAAGGUUGGAAGUCCUUCCAAUUGAACUGUAUUGCUUGAAUGAAGACACUAUCGACGAUCUUCUCACAACAUCCACAGACUCCACGUUGGUGGACAAUUUGAGAGUCAUUAAAGAACAACAAUACUCCAGUGGUUUCCACAUCUAUACGGCUCCAGGAAGAUCUACUUUUAAAUUAAGACCUAUCUUAGCAAAAUCCUAUUUGCACGAUUUCAUGUUGGCUCCAUACUCCAUUCUCAUGCUUUUACCUGAACAAAAGUCAAUUAACAUUCAAAUAGACAGAGACAUCACUAAAGCAAAGAAGAAUUUGCUCAAAUCUGGAAUUGCCACUUCCUAUAUUGAAAUGUUUAAAGUAGAAAAUGGAGGCGAUGGGCCGGUAACUCUUAAUAUCCAGAAGGAAUUGAGUGCUUUCAUUGACGCAACAAACAAACAUCCUAACUUGCUUCAACCAGUCAAUACUCUUAAGUAUGAAAAGGCACUUGACCAUGCCCAGUUUAUAGAUGAAUCAAAGGCUAUCUUGCGUGAAAUGAAACGAGAGGAUGUUUCGAAGUUCACUCUUCAUCAAAAGUCCUAUUUUGAAGCUCUCGAAUAUUCUAUUGGUUGUCAGGAUCCUCCCAAGUAUUUCCACGAAGCCAAGAUCUUCCAGUCAGAAAGGAAUUUUGCUAUUGGGGCCCAUUAUGACUGGAGGUUCUUUAACGGAGUUGUCAACAAUAAACCGAAGCAUCAGCCAGCAUUACAUCAGUUGAUCCAAGCAUGGUUCAGGUUCACAAACUCUCAAGACAUCACUACUUGGAUUGCACACGGGACGUUGCUUUCUUGGUACUGGGAUGGAAUGUCGUUUCCAUGGGAUAAUGAUAGCGAUGUUCAAAUGCCAAUUGACCAAUUGCAUAAACUUUCACGUAACUUCAACCAAACCUUGAUUAUAGACAUAGGUAACGAUCCAGUAACACAGGAAAUUAGAUAUGGGCGUUAUUUCAUAGACUGUGGCAGUUUCUUGAGUUCUAGAGAACGUGGCAAUUCCAAUAAUUUCAUAGAUGCCCGUUUCAUAGAUGUUGACACAGGAUUGUAUGUGGACAUCACAGGUCUUGCUGUAUCUCGAACCCCAUCUCCUGGUAGGUACGACGGUUUCUUGACAAGAGAGUUGGCCAGAACACCUGGCAAUAGCGACGUUAGUGAGUUUAUGAGAAACGACUUUUUGCAAGUAUACAAUUGUCGGAAUAAUCACUUCCUGAGGCUUGCUGACUUAUCGCCAUUGAAGCUUCUGAUGCAUGAAGGCGAAUAUGCCUACCUCCCUAAUCAGGUUGAAUCAGCUUUGUCAACUGAAUACGGAGAAAAAAGUAUCAAGUUGCAGUCUUUCAACGUUUACACGUUCAUUCCUAGGAUCAGAAACUGGAUUCCUGUGAAGAAGUUGAAAGCAAGCCUCCAGAACAAAGGGGUUAGACAGAAAGGAACUGGGGUUCUGGUGUUAGAAUUUGCAGAAGAAGAAUGCUUGAAGAUUCUCAGUGAGAACAGUGACCUUCUUAUGGAAUACUUAGUCACAAGGGAAGUUACUGAAAGACACGAAUUGGAGUUAAUCAGCAUGCGAGAUGGAAAUGAUCCAAAACGCUUCUUCACAUCUUCUGGCAAAUUGAAGCAAGGAAAUCCAUUGAGACAUGACAGCUUUUCGCUAUCUGCGUUCCAUGAUAAGUACAAGUUCGAAGAGUCCAUUGAUCAGACUGUCAAUUUUAUAUCCUCCCUUGAGAUGCAAACCCCACCAGAAAAGGUAGAACCAGCAGAACAAACACAAACCAAGAAAAUAUCAACCAGGAAGGAUCUUCCCAAGUUGGUUGAGUGA